UCUCCUCAUAAAAAUCAGCGCCCCUCUCUCUCUCUCUCUCUCUCUCUCUCUCUCUCGUAUUUGUUUAACUGCUCGUAUUAGGGCUUCAGAAAUGGCUUCUACGGAUCCGAAGCAAGGUGGAGGGUUUUUCGCUUCUAUCGCUGCCAGUUUGUCGAAUUUCACCAAAUCGGUCAACGGGUUUGUGGGUUAUGAAGGGCUGGAAGUUGUUAAUCCGGAAGGAGGCACUGAAGAUUCUGAAGAGGAAGCAAAAAGAGGAAGAUGGAAACAGGAGGAUCGGGAUAGUUACUGGAAAAUGAUGCAAAAGUAUAUAGGCAGCGAUGUUACAUCAAUGGUGACACUUCCAGUACUUAUUUUCGAGCCAAUGUCAAUGCUGCAGAAAAUGGCAGAGCUGAUGGAAUACUCCUACCUGUUAGAUCUGGCAGAUGAAUGUGAGGAUCCCCACAUGCGAUUGGUGCAUGCUGCAUCAUUUUUUAUAUCUGUCUACUAUGGGCUCCAAAGAACCUGGAAGCCAUUUAAUCCAAUUCUUGGUGAGACUUAUGAAAUGGUUAAUCAUGGCGGCAUUACAUUCAUAGCAGAACAGGUUAGUCAUCACCCUCCAAUGAGUGCUGCACAUGCUGAGAAUGAACAUUUCAUUUAUGACAUAUCCUCGAAGGUGAAAACUAAAUUUUUAGGGAACUCAGUCGACGUCUAUCCUCUUGGAAGGACGCGAGUAACCCUCAAAAGAGAUGGUGCAGUCCUAGGUUUGGUGCCCCCUCCAACCAAAGUAAACAACUUAAUCUUUGGACGAACUUGGAUUGACUCACCAGGGGAGAUGAUCUUGACAAAUUUGACCACUGGAGACAAAGUUGUGCUGUAUUUUCAACCAUGCGGCUGGCUUGGAGCUGGUCGCUACGAAGUGGAUGGAUAUGUAUAUAAUGCUGCUGAGGAACCCAAGAUACUGAUGACUGGAAAGUGGAAUGAGUCGAUGAGUUAUCAACCCUGUGAUCUGGAAGGGGAACCACUUCCUGGUACCGAGCUAAAAGAGGCUUGGAGAGUUGCUGAUGCUCCGAAAAAUGACAGAUUCCAGUAUACAUAUUUUGCGCACAAGAUAAACAGCUUUGACACUGCUCCCAAGAAGUUAUUGGCAUCAGAUUCUCGAUUGCGACCUGAUAGAUAUGCACUUGAGAAGGGUGAUCUAUCUCUAGCUGGUCUUGAAAAGAGCAGACUGGAGGAGAAGCAGAGGGAUGAAAAGAGAAACAGAGAGGCUAAGGGCCAUCAGUUCACUCCAAAAUGGUUUGACCUUACCAGUGAAAUUAAUCCUACACCUUGGGGUGACUUGGAAGUAUACUCCUACAAUGGCAAAUAUGCUGAACACCGGGCUGCUGUAGAUAGCUUAGAUAGCGUCGAAGAGGUUGACAUUACAUCAACUAAUUUCAACCCCUGGCAAUACGAGAAUUCGGCUCCUGAAUGAUGUAUACCGCUAUGUAAUUCUUAUUGUGUUUAGCUAGUGCCAGUAUUAUGGCAAGAACUUUCUCCUAUGUUUGAUGUGUAGUUUUUUCAAGCAUUUGAUUUCUUAAUUUUCCUUCCUCUGGCCCUUUGGUUGCCAUGCUCCGAGGAGAUGUGAUACAUUUUGUAAUUAUACAUGGGAUCAGUUGAAAUCUGGAAUGUCAAUGGUGAAACAUACAUUUAUCUGAGAAGAA